AAUUUCCCAUUUUCUUCUUAAUUAUCUUUCCUUCCUUCCUCCAAUUCUUCCCAUAAUAAUGGAGAAUCAAAUUCUGCUCCUGUUCUCAUUGUUUUCUCUCAUCUUCUUCAAUUCUGCAAAUUCCGUUUGCGUUCCCCGGAAUUUGAGUGAUCUAGACGUGUUUGAUCACACACCGUCAACUUCUUCCUCCCCCAAGUCAAACCCGCUGCCUUCUCAGCCGUCGCAGAAUUCAUUUCCUUCUUCCCCUCAGCCAUCUCCAGCCGCUGCAGAUCCGAGUCACACUUCGGAGCAGCCGGGGUUCAUAGCUGGCGCCGUUAAAGACUCCAUCAAUGGUAUAUUGGGCGCGGUGGGGAGUGCAGUGGGGGGUAUGGCUGCGGGCGCAUCACCCCGUCCUGAGAUUCAAAAGAUCUGUGAAAAAACCGAUUACCCCCUGCUCUGUACAUCAGCACUCAACCCUGUUUUCAACGGUAACACGGACCCAUUAAACGUUAUUGAGUUGUUGAUAAAAUCCGCCUCCCAACAAACCAAAUCCGCUCAAGGCACGUUAUCACAAAAGGCAUCUGCACCGGGAUUGGAUCAGAAGACGGCCGCAGCUUAUGCCGACUGUAAGGAUAUCUAUGACGAAGCACUGGAUAAUUUGCAGGAGGCAUUGGAUGCAAUCGCGAGUAAGGACAUCCCAACCAUCCAGACCAUGUUGAGUGCCGCCAUAUCUGAUUUCAGUUCCUGUGAUGAUGGGUUCACCGGACAGCCGGAUCCGGAUGCAAAAGGGGUGUCUCCGAUGGCUGCCACCGGUGAAAAUCUUAUGAACAUGGUUGAUAAUAUUCUUGCCAUUGCUAACGCGAUUCCGUGAUUUCCAGAACUUUCAAUUGAUUCCGUUUGGUAUUUGCAUGGGAGCAUCUUUGAUUGAUUCUACUGAUCGAAUUCUACUUCGUUAGUGUGAUUUGUGUUUGGUUUUGUAUGAAUUAAGAAUAAAUAAUAUUUUUUAUUUCAGAAAAUUGACAUCUUAGAAGAGAUGAUCGUGAUUCCUGAAUGUGUCUUGUUCUACUAAUAAUUGUAAAAUGUGAAU